CCCCAGUUUAAGUGACGACAACGAGGACGGGAAAGACAUCAAACACAUCACAACAACCCUGAGAGUUGGUGAAUAGAUGAUUCAAGUUGCUUCAUCGCUUCUGUAGACAAAGUGAUAAGUCUGGAGCUCAAGCUUACAGAAAGUCACAAGAAACCGCGUACGUAUUUAGGUUCAGGACAACGCUAUAAUUCGAAGCAUCUGUCAUGUAAGCUCAAGUUCAAAGCGAUCCACAGCUGGACUACCUGCAGCUUGAGUGAGGGAGUGAAUAUCUAUUUCCUCUGUCUUAUCCAUCCAUCUUCUUCUCUAAUUUCUCCUGUCCAUCAACACUACCUGCUCUUGACUCUUUGAGCUGCCCAUCUACGAAAAGAGCCCCUUCUUCUGACAACAGCAAAGGGCAUACAGUGUGAUCUUAUCAGCUUCCAAGCCCGAGCUCAUCCUCACAACCCGAACCCCAGACUGUGCGCCAUCAUCAUAGUCAGCAGCCCAGCGACACAUUUCAUCAACACAACAGGAACCUUUGGAUUUGAGUUUUUGACCUCAGCAACACGCUGGCUUUAUAUUUGACCAACCUCUGCCACGUAAAGUGCACAACAUAGCCAAAUCUCCACCUCUUUUUGGCUGCCUUGCUCUUUGGCCAUAGACAGACAGCCCCAGGCAGCGAAGCAGGCCAAGCUCAGUCUAUACGCCUUCGCCAACAUUGGACCUCACGGACCCGGAGCAACCUGGAACAACGAUACUUCCAGACUGCGUUGAGGCCACAUUUUGUGACUCCAACUUCGCCUGUUGCUUCUUGCUAUGAAGCUUCUGAUGGGAUAGACCCUGGUUUUACUGUAUCUUCGCAUCGUUAUGGAACAGCAGGAUCCUGAUACUCCAUCCACUCCUUCUGCCGUCCACCGUGAUACUGAACACCGAUCGACUCGCCAGUCCCCAUCGGCAUCAUCCUCGACCUUUUCGCUUACACCAGCUCCCCAGCGUCGAACCUCGAGUCCCUUCCCCCGCCCAACAACAUCGGCAACACCUGGUCCGAGCACAAUAUCAUCGAACCGAAGUUCUUUGUCGACUUCUGAACCUACUCUACGAUUUCCUCGCCCCCAAGGCAAUCGGCAUCUCGCCAACUGGAUUUCAUCCAGUAAUCCAGACAUCAUGCGUAUCACUACCACCACUGAGGACACCGGCUUGUCCGAGUCCACUUAUGAACUAAUCUCGGGCACCGAUACCGAGUCUCAGGAUGGAAACUACACCGAGUCUAUCAGCGAGUCUGUCGGCUCCCUCGACGUACACUACCCCGAAGACGUCCAUAGCCUCGCCGGCACUGAGCAGACAUACGACGACGAAUCUCUUGCCGAUGAGAACGAACCUCCUGUUUUACAAUCUGUACAAGAGCCACAGGCUAUGUCUGUGUCUGAACCUAUGGACAUAAACGAGACUCCACAAGCAGAGCAAAGCUGGGCCUCAGUCGUCAAAAACGGCCCUCUCCCUGAGGUCGAGGCUGAAAUCGAGGCAGAAGAAGAGCCCGAGCCUCAUUCUGCUGCCAAGGCUGAGCCUGAAUCUGAGUCAGAGGAUGAAGCUCGAUCUCGAAGCUCUCUUGAGUAUACUCAACAAAGCCUCAAAACCCCAUCAAUCCCUAGCCCUGACGCUAGCAUGACUGAAGACAGCCAGAAGCCGUCUCCUGAUGAUAUCCAAGAGCAGGCAGAGAGCCAGCGAGCGCGAUUCAACAAAUGGUUGAAGGAAGUUCAGCCCCAUCCGAUUCGUCCCCGGGAGGCAAUGAUCAAAUUCGCCAAAUCUAUCUUCCCUGUGGUCCUCGCCCUUGUCUUGAUGUCGUUGAUCCGCACCUGCUACACUCCACUAUCGAAAGAAGUAGUACCCCACAUACCCGCAGCCACCUCCGCUGUCACAACUCACCCCACUCUGUUGACUUCAAGUUAUACUUCAUUGCCAACUUUGCAGAUUCUUUCAACAUCAGCGGGGCCUACAGGUCUUGUACCUCUUGAGAAUCUCCGACCCGAUGAGUGGCUCUGGGGUGGCAAGCAGCCCGAGGUGACUGUUACUAAACAGCGAGGUGGCUUUUUAAUCCACAUGCCUCGAAGUGCUAAGAAACUAUGGCUUGAUCGUGACUGUCUCAAGUUCGACGCCAAGCGAGGUGAUCAAUCUGUUGGAUUCGGUACCUCAUCUGUCGACGAAGGCAUUCUUCUCAAGAUCCCCAAGGAGGAAGCCCAUGGAACAAUCAAGGUUGACAUUUUCACUACUUGUCGACCCAAGGUUCACAAGGUCCUUCGUAUCACAUUCCAGAAGGGAAUUAUCUCAGAGGCUUUGGACUCGACCUGGGCUUUUGCUCAAUACUUCCCAGAACUUGUCCCCGCUGCUGCUCAAGAGGCAGAGCGGUGCCUUGAGGAAGCCAAACGCUCCUUGGGAACAGCCUCUGACAACUUCAUGAAUACAUCUGACAGCGUCUUCAAGAACUUGGGACACAGAUUCCAAAAGGCCCACCGAUCUUUGAGCUGGAUCAAGACCGAUAUCAGAGACCGUGCCAAGAUGGCGACAGAGGGCAUCUCGAGGCAACUGGAGGCUGUUGCGGGCGACGUCAAGCAGUACAUACCGGACGCGCAAGGGAUGCAACAACAAGCAAAGUUGGAGUUGCUGAAUGCUCAGAUCAGAGCUAGGCUCUGGUGGCUCAAGUACACUGCAGGAGAGAAAGAGUAUACUCGCUACCAAUGUGCGGCCAAGCAGUUCAUGGCCAAGACACUUUCAAACGACAGGGAGCUUCGAAAGACAACCAACAAGACCAGUAAGACGUCUGCUUUCGAGCAAUUCUUCAGUGCUUGGUCCUCAAAGAACCGCCGAGACACCGGAGAAGGACAGACGGUAUAGCGGAAGAAAAAGGACACUUGUUUGUGUGUUAUGGCGCAAGGUUUUUCUUUCCAUGUUAUUCCCCCUCAUCAUUAUCGUUGGACGAGGACUUAUAUGCCAAGGAUGGACUUGGGUUGGCAAUGCUGAGGUAUAGGUUUAUUUGGGCCGGUGGUGGAUUUGGAGUUCAUGGGUCUCAUACCAACUGUAGACGUCUUUUUUCUAUUAUGGUUGCUCUUUCCUCACUUCUAUUUCUAUGAUAGUCAACGGUAUCGACGAACCCCUUUCAGCAGCUUUGAGUGUCUUAUAUUUGGGCGGAAAGUGAUUCGUUGCUGGUGUGGUGAGUUGCCUGUAAGAUCAGAACAAAAAGGAGACCAACUAUAGUAAGGUAAAUAAAUUAAUUUACUUCAUCUCAACUCAUGAA